AUGCAUCGGCAUACCGCUUCAAACGGAGAGGCGAACGAGAAACCAAAACAGAAGUUGAUGGGCGCCAAAGGCCAUAUUUACAAGGUUGCACUGACUGCCUCGUAUGGAAGUCAGAUUAAUUCCGGUGACAGACGGUCAGAACAGCGCUUAAAGUCUCGACAACCGACAUCCCGCAAAGAUACCCAGAGCUCGUGGACACUCAAGGGUUUAAAAAUAUAUGACCAAAAGGUCGGUAUUUGGUUGCAAAAUGUCUAA